UCCUCGGCCUCCGCACCCCCUCUCCGCUCUCGGCGCCUGGAUCCUCGGGCCCCCGAGCCCCCGCCCUCCGCACCCUGAUCCUCGGCCCUCGGCAGCCCCCACCCGGCUCUCGGCGCCCGGAUCCUCGGCCUCCCGAACCCCCCUCCCCGGCUCUCCGCGCCCGGAUCCUCGGCCCUCCCCACCCCGCUCCCCGGGUCCCCGCACCCCGGCCCUCUGCACCCACCCCCCCCAAAGCUCCUCCCCAUCCAGGGACGCGGUGCCUGGUCCUCGGCCGGCCGUACUAACAUUCCCACCCCCCGCCCCAGUUCUCAACCCCUUGCCCGUCUGGUCCUUCCUCCCUCCCCCGCGCCCCCCGGGCCCUCGGCGCCCCGGCCGCCGCACCGACCUCCUCCCCAGCCCAGCCCCUCCGCGCUCUGGCCCUGGACAGGGCCUGGCCACCCGAGGGAUCUCGCGCCAGCCCGGGCGUGCGGUGACCCUGCGGCCGCCCGGCUCAGUCUCCGCCCGCGCGGCCACCUCGUGCAGGUCGCGUCCUCGCCCUGGCCUGGCUUUGCGUCUGGCUGGGCCCCUGCCGCUCUCGCAGUCGGCUCGGUUCUGAAAGCCCCCGUAGGGCAGCGGGUCUCGGGCUUUCAGGCCAAGGCGAGGCCCCCCGGAGGGAGCGGGGUGUGGAGCCGGGACGGAUGGGCCGGCCCCUCCGGCGGCGGAGGGCGUGCAGGACUGUGCGGCCUAGCGGGUGGGGCGGCCCUGCAGGGGCUGGACUGGGAGCCGCACUGGGCUUAGACUGCACGCGGAAGCGGGGUGCUGAGCGUCGCCGCAUCUGCCAGCUGCCCCACUUUUAAGUGGAAUACUCAGCCGUGGCCCUGGACUCAUGUCAGCUUUGCCAAAAUCGUGAACAUAGAGGGGUGCCCCUUAAGUUGAGGGCAGGCAGCCUGGGUCGUGGACCUCUGGGAGAGGAUGGUGACCCCCUGGCGCUUGUUUGUCAGGGUCUGCUUGUCACACCUAAGGGGUUUUGAGCUCAGAAAGGAACUCGGCCUUCUAAGACCCUCUGGGUACUCUCGCAGUGCCAGACUCUGUUGGCUUGUGCUGGGCACUUUGCCCAAACUCAUCUCAGCCUAUGGGGACAUUGGUGAGGGGGCUCCUGAGAGCUUGUUUCAGCAAAGGGCGAGUUGGAGUGAACUGGCUGAAAAUGGGCCACUAGAGAGGGCCUCCCAGGAGUGGCGGCUGGGAGGCCUCCUCCUGCACCUCCGCAUCUGGCUCCGGGCUGGGGCUCUCCUGGUGAAAUUCUUCCCCCUCCUUCUGCUCUACCCUCUCACCUAUCUGGCUCCCAGUGUCUCCAGCCUCUGGCUUCACCUGCUUCUGAAAGCCACUGAGACCUCAGGCCCAACGUACAUCAAACUGGGCCAGUGGGCCAGCACCCGGAGAGAUCUCUUCUCAGAGGCUUUCUGUGCCCAGUUCUCCAAGCUGCAUGUCCGGGUGAACCCCCACCCUUGGACUCACACUGAACACUUCUUGCGGCAGGCAUUUGGGGAGGACUGGGGGAGGGUCCUUUGCUUUGAGAAGCAGGAACCUGUGGGUUCAGGCUGUGUGGCCCAAGUAUACAAAGCACGUGCCAAUCCUGCCUUUCUGGAGAAUAACAGCAUCCAGAGACUUGCCAAGGCCUCCAGCCUGCAGCCUUCUUCAGAAGCUGGGGAACUCAGUGGGCUGAGAGAGCUCUUUGGACACCUGGGGAAGGGGUGGAGGCCUCAAGGAAGUCUUGCUGACCAGUCAUUUCUUGAAAGGCUGCUCCUCCCUAAAGCCGACCCGUUUGAAUCGAAGGCAGUUGUGUCUCAGGCUUUGAUGCCUGCCCGUGGACCUGAGCCAGAUCACCUCAUCCCUGUGGCAGUGAAAGUGCUGCACCCUGGCUUGCUCUCUCAGGUGCAGAUGGACCUGCUGCUGAUGAAGAUGGGCAGCCGAGUCCUUGCACUUUUGCCAGGAAUCAAGUGGCUUAGCUUGCCUGAGAUUGUGGAGGAAUUUGAGAAGCUCAUGGUCCAACAGAUCGACCUGCGUUAUGAAGCUCGGAAUCUAGAACAUUUCCAGUGCAACUUCCUGAAUGUGAAUUCUGUCAAAUUCCCUACCCCUCUGCGUCCCUUUGUCACCAGGGAUGUCUUGGUGGAAACAUAUGAAGAGAGCGUGCCGGUGUCCAGUUACCAGCAGGCAGGGAUUCCCGGUGACUUGAAAAGGAAGAUCGCACGCCUGGGGAUCAACAUGCUCCUGAAGAUGAUAUUUGUGGACAACUUCGUCCAUGCGGACCUUCACCCUGGGAACAUCCUGGUCCAGGGCGCCGACAGUCUUUCCAAGAGCCAAGAGGCAGGGCUGCAGCAGGCAGACGUCUGCGACACGCUGGUGGUGGCCGUGACGCCUGCCCGGUGCCCACUGCGUCUGGUGCUGCUGGAUGCCGGCAUCGUGGCCGAGCUGCAGGCCGCCGACCUGAGGAACUUCCGGGCAGUUUUCAUGGCCGUGGCGUUGGGGCAGGGCCAAAGAGUGGCCGAGCUCAUCCUGCAUCACGCCCGGGCCAGCGAGUGCAGGGACGUGGAGGGCUUCAAGGCCGAGAUGGCCACGCUGGUGACCCAGGCCAGGAAGAACACCAUCACCCUGGAAAAGCUUCAAGUUUCCAGCCUUCUCUCGAAUGUCUUUAAGUUACUGAUGACUCACAAGCUCACAUUAAUGAUGCUUGGUAUUAAUGUAAAGCUUGAGAGCAACUUUGCUUCAAUUGUGUUUGCCAUCAUGGUGUUGGAGGGGCUUGGCCGCUCACUGGACCCCAAACUGGACAUCCUGGAGGCAGCAAAGCCCUUCCUUCUGAAAGGACCAGCGCCCUCCCCCUGACCGCAGCAGCGCGCGCGCAGCGGGCCUUUGCCUGAGUACUGGAGGCCACUCCCAACAGCCUCUCCUGUGGCAGCUUGAACAUUUUAAAAUUGGGAUGCGUGGAGGGCGCACCAUUGCUUUUCACUCUGCUUUGGUUUCAGGCGUCUGUUUUAAAAGCUUUGGGUUAUUUGAGGAAGUGAAGGGAGGGAAGGGUCCUAUCCAUUCAGUCAUGGAGCUGCUCCUGGUGUCAGGAGACUCUGUUUCGGGGAAAAUGUUCCGUGGAGGAGGACGAAUAAACUUAGUUA